AUGAUUGAUGUCCGGGGUCUAGACGACCGCGAUCUCGCGUUGCGUGAAUUCAACGUCGCUUCCACCGGGUGUAUUGAAAAUUCAAUGGGAAUUUGGAACGAGAUAAGCUACUUCCUACAAACAACCAACACAGAUUCGAGGAGUUUUGAACGCAGUCUAGGUGAACGAUACAGUGUGAAGUUUCUUCAUGAAGUAAGCCGCGGAUUUGCGAACUCUAGAAACCACUGGCGUACCACGGAGAACCAUAGCAAUCGUGUCAAC